AUGAAGUUUUCUCAGGUACUGAUGCUGUGCCUUUGGCUACGAAGCACUUCAACAGAACCAUUGUUACCAACAUGUGCUUGCACACAUAAGACAACAAUGCUUCAUUCCUCUUUAAUGAAACCAAUGGGUAUUGUUUCUCAAGGAAAAUGUUUCCAGAAGGCCGAAUUCCCUAUAAGUGGAUCCCGAUGGAUUCGCCUGUUAGAAGAUGAGAAGACCAUUUAUGCUUUGAGAGAAUCAUUGACAUUCAGACCCUGUUAUGAUCGGUUGGACGCCAUCAGUGGAGGACCGUGUCCAAAUAUUAUCAGCCGUAGUGAAUGGGGCGCGCGGAGACCCAGAGACAGACAGUCUUUAUCAACGCCAGUGAAAUAUGCUGUCGUACACCACUCAAAUACACCCCAGUGCUUGGAUAAACCAUCCUGUAUAAAACGGAUGCAAAGCAUCCAGAACUUCCACAUGAAUGUUAGACGUUGGUCUGACAUUGCCUACAACUUUUUGAUUGGUGGAGACGGGAACGUGUACGAAGGACGCGGAUGGGAUACAGUCGGAGCCCAUGUCAUAGGUUACAACAAAAUUUCUAUUGGAAUAUGUGUCAUAGGAAACUAUACAGAAUAUAAACCUAAUGAAAUAUCUCUAAAUGCUCUGAAAAGAAUGCUGAGUUGUUUGGAGUUCAAAAACAAGGUCAUAAACAAAUACGUCUUGAGAGGCCAUCGUGACUUGGGUAGUACCACAUGUCCAGGAAAUAAGCUUUACCGUAUUAUCAAGAAUUGGCAUCAUUAUUAUUGGUUCAAAUUUUCUUCUGCCAAUUAA